AUGUCUGAACUGUUCAAAGCCUCUAUCUCUUCGUUGCAUUGGUUUUUAUGUCAUUUUUGGUUCAUAGCUAUAAGUGGCUUCGAGCUGAUCAAACCUAUUUUUACACAUACUCAAGAACUACUCCUCGGAGCCUUUCUCAAAUGUUCAGCUCAUAAAGCUCGUUCUUCCUUGACGCUUUCUUUCAAACAACUGAAUAAUCACAUAAAAAUUUUAUUUAACACCGUCAAUUCUUUUGUUGUCAGAACUUCUUUUUCGUCCUUGGUUUAUCUAGCUAUCUAUUCCACUUCUUUCCUCAUCAGUUCUUUUUUCCUCCUCUCUUCUACCAGCAUUUUCUAUUUUCUUCCUUUUGCUACUAGUCUUAUUCUGUCUCUCUUUUUUAUAUGUCAAGCUGCUUCGCUUAAUAAGUUUUGCACAAAUCCUCCAACCAUUGCCAAUACAUUGCAGCCCAAGAAAAUACAGGUUCGUCUUGGGGAUUCAGUUAAUUACACUUGCAAACCUAAUUAUCAUGCAUUUGGGAUCACAACAGCCAUUUGUGGUGGAGCAGAAGGGAAAAAACCAAAAUGGAUUGGUCCUGACAUGACGUGUGAAAAAAUGUGUGGAAAACUGCCAGUUACAAAAAAAGCCUACCCAACAGUUGCAACAAAGGCGUCUUAUCCUCCUUUUACAGAGGUCUCGUACGUGUGUAAGUAUGGUCGAAAGACCCUUGGAAGUGCCACAGCCAUUUGUCGAAAUGGCAAAUGGAAACCGCCCAGCUUUUUGUGUAUAAAGCAGUGUGGUGUGCCACCAGUAGUAUCUCAUGCCUUAUUUUAUCCUUCUUCUAACAAGAAACAAUUCCCUGAAAUGACCAAAGUGCAAUACAAAUGCAGCAAAGGUUAUCAACAGGGUGGUCUUUCUGAAGCCUGGUGCUAUCAAGGUAAAUGGCGAGGCCCAACAAUGGAAUGCAAAGUGAACCGUGAAACACUGAAUGAAAUGUGUGGAGAACCUGGCCAUAUUGCAAAUGGCCAUGCUCGGGUAGAAAAUUCCCCUGUGCGUCACAUCAUUUAUUCUUGUGCUAAUGGAAUGCAAUUGCUUGGAUCAGAGGUUCAAACAUGUAAACCAGAUGGUACAUGGGAUCAUAAAACACCCACUUGCAUAUUAAAACCCAACUAUUGUGGCUUACCGCCAACUAUACAAGAUGCCAAACACAAUGCCUCAUUGAAGCGACCAGCAUAUGCAGAUGGUGAUGUUGUGGCCUUCACUUGUAUUCCUGGAUUCUUUCACAUGGGACAUCACUUGGCAAGAUGCAAUGGGAAAAAUGCCUCUUGGACAGGAUUGGAUAUGACAUGUCAGCCUAUGCGUUGUAAUCCUCCUGGUGAGAUCCGUGGUGGACGUGUAGAAGGAAGUGAAUUUACAUACAGAUCAAGGAUACAUUUCCGCUGUAAUAUUGGACAUAAAUUGAUUGGGUACGAAUAUUUAAUGUGUCAAGAAAAUGGUGAAUGGAAUGGGGCUAUAUCAUCUUGCGAACCUAUUACAUGUCCUCCUUUAAGUAAACCAGAAAAUGGUGCGAGAUUUGGUAAGAAUUUGUUUGGUUCAAGCAUUAAAUAUUAUUGCUAUGACGGUUACAAGCUUGUGGGAUCAGAGGAACGGAUGUGCUCAGAAAACCAGACCUGGACAGGUACCGAACCACGAUGUGAACCCUUUACGUGUCCCCCACUGUCAGAUCCCCUAAAUGGCAGAGUUAAUGCUGGUGUAUCUGUCAAUAGUGUUGCCACCUAUGUUUGCAAUAAUGGCUAUGAACUACAAGGUCCUCAACGCCGGAUUUGUCGAGUGAAAGAAAACUGGACAGGAUCUGAACCCAAAUGCAUAGAGAAAGGCUGCCUAAAACCUGCUCCUCUUUACAAUGGUUAUAUUACAGGCUCUGCUUUUACAACAGGUUCAAUCAUCUUUUUCCAGUGUAAGCCUGGCUACAAGUUUGUUGGUAGGUCAAAAUCAGCCAUUUGUCUUGAGAAUAAAAAAUGGUCGAUAGAAGAACCAAAAUGUUAUGCAAGCUGCAUGGUGCCUGACACGCCAGAACUUCAUGCUUACAAGCAAGAUUUUUUUGAAAAGAUUCUUUUCUCAGCUAGAGACAAGCUGGAACAUGACUCGAGUUUAGAGUACUACUGUGGAUCAGGCUACAAACCAUCCAUUCCGAAGAUAGUCUGGUGCAACAAUGGGACAUGGUCAUUACCAGGGGUUAAAUGUGUUAAAGAUAAUUCAAAAUUAUGUGAGAUUCCAAGGGAUCCUGUAAAUGGUAAAGUGAGCUUUGAAAAAGAAACAUCAUCUGAGAUGAUUGAACCAGGCAAUGUGGCCAUUUUUGUCUGUGAACCAAAAUUUCAACUAAUGGGUGUUUCCAAAGUGGUCUGUGGACCAAAUGGCAGAUGGAUGGACAAAUUCCCUCGUUGUGUUUUCUUCAAACCUGAGAUACUCGGAAGCUGUCACGAUCCUGGUUACCCUGAAAACGGAUACAAAAAGUCAUGGCAAGAGUCAAUGACUGUUGGGAGUUCAAUAAUCUUUUCCUGCCGCCAAGGUUACUUUAUGUCUGGGUCAUCUGAAACCACUUGCCUUAGCACUUUAGAAUGGUCAAAUCCAAAACCAAAAUGUUUGAGAUUUUAG